AUAUUUCAAAUAAAUACACUUUCACAGUUGUUAUAGGGCUCAGUUAGCCAACAGCAAACAAAAAUCCACCAUUUUUAGUGUCUUGGUUCAAAUUCACACGGUUUAUCAUGGCUGAGUCUUGGUUCCUUACAAAAAUCAAUGUAAGAACAUCUCAAGAUAAACAUGACUGCCUUCUUACCGGCAUUGCUGUUUCUUUUGGCAACAACAUAUUUGUUGUCGAUUACAAUAAUGAUUCAAUUAAAUUGAUAAACUCCAAUAGCGGAGAACUUCGGCAAACAAAGCUUGAAUCAGGACCUAGAGAUAUUGCUGUUAUAAGUAAAGAUGAACUUGCUGUUACAUUACCAGACAUGAAAACAAUACAGUUCAUAUCCGUUUCUCCGUAUGGUCGGAAUGCAUUUUCAUUGAAAAACAAACUGGACGUUGAUGGAUUUUGUCUCGGUAUAGGUCAUUAUCAAGGAAAACUUGCGGUGACGUUUACAUCACCUGGCAAACUUCUCAUCACAAACUUACAAGGUUCGGUACAGGUGAAUGUUGUAAAGUACCCCAAUGGUGAGGACAUUUUUAGUUACCCUGGCCAUGUUACUACAAACAGCAAUUCAAUUUAUGUAUCUGACAACACCAAGGAUGAAGUUACAUGGUUUGACUGGUCCGGAACGCAUAUAGGAAGGCAUUGUAGGAUUGAACACCCAAGGGGAAUCACUUUGUUAGAUGAUGGAUCUAUUUUCGUGAGUGAUUACGAAAGUCGUUGUAUAUUAAAAGUAAGGUCUGACUUAAAUGAAAGUGAAACUGCGCUUACAGAUGUAGACAGUCCUUGGGCCUUAUGUUGGAGUCGUGAAACCACUACACUUUGUGUUAGUAGAUUCAAUCGUGACAGAUCAAAUGAAAACAAUGAUAUUCUAUUGUACAAAUUGAUGUAGCCAUCAAAUAUGACAAUGGAUGCAGUCAUGACAAACAUAAUUAUAAAUUGUCAUUGCGUCAUUUAUGUGCUAAAGUUUUUGCUAGUGUGAUACCAGAUUAAUUUCGUCAUUGUUCAGUUUUUGUACGUCAGUAGAAUUAUACAAAGUUGUAUAUUUUUGUAAUGUUAAAAGAAUUAACAAUAACCAUAAAAGAUUGUAGUAGAUGGCGUCUGAAAAUGAACUUUGGACAAAAUCAUUCUUUUAAGUGGAGAUCAAACAUCGCUUUUUAUGGAAUGGCAUGCAUGUGCCAGAUUAACCUCCGUCUGAACACAUCUGCAUUUGUUUCUAAAUUCCAAGUUUCACCAUUACCUUGUUUAAAAUUACUGCUUUCGCCUCUGCAAUGGAUAUAGGCGGUAGCUUGCAUACAUCACAAACCGAGCCUGCAACAUUUUCAAUUUUCUGUAUUUAGCGUUCCUUUGGGAUUCCGUUGUUUUUAUAUAUUCAUGCAUAUUUUUUAUACGUUUUUGACAAUAAACAGAUAGUUGUGUUUUAUGCAACAUUUUUGUUGCGCCCAUGUGUUGAUUUCUAUUUUUUAUUUCAUUAAAUAAUUAUGUUCUUCAUAAAGGGAAUAAGAUAUCGUUUUAAUGUGAGGAUCAUUGUAAAUCAAGAGAAGAGUCGUCAAAUACGGCCAAACGGUAGCAUACAGAAGGUUAAUGCCAGCUAAUGUUUACGCCACUUGAACUGCAUUGUCCAGAAUAAAUGGAAAUAAGGGAUUUAUUUCGUAUAGCAUCUAUAUCAUCUAUUUUGCAAGGC